AUGAGUGGAUCGGUUGGCACCGUGCGUGCUGGCUCAAACAGACAGAGUGGAACAAAAGACAAGAUGACCAAAAGUGAAAGGAACACAUCUUUACAGCAGCAGUCUCAGAAUACAGCAAAGACUGAGACGCCAGCAAAUAAGAUGCAGCCAACACAGGAACAGCUCCGGCUGGCUCAGAUUAUGGAUACAAACAAGUCUGAUGCUGAUCCGGAAACUGUAAAGGAGCUGAUGGAAAUGACUGAUAAGAGUGAAGACGCUGUUAGGACUGCACUCCAUGAUGCAGAAAAUGAUGCAAAUGUUGCUGUCAUCAUGCUGUUGGAAGGUGGCAAUGAGCAGCAAGGAGAAUGGCGUGAGCAACCAGGCAAACGCAAAAAGAAAGUUCCAUCUUCAGCCCCACAGAAAGAGGGUUCCAACCAUGUUGGAGAUGAAAACUUUGAGGGACGAAACAAGGAUAGAGGCGACAGAGAGGACAAGGAAGGUGGUUCAGAUCAUCACGAUUUACCUCCUCGCAGAGGACGACGGAAUGGUGGCCCCCCACCUCGCCUGGCACGUGGGCGUGGUAGGGACCGUGGUAACUUUGGUGAUCGGGACAACAAGGACCGUAAUGUUGAAGAAUGGAAUAAUGACAGGGGAGAAGAAAAGCGUGAUCGCAGUGGAGGAGACAGAGGUCGAUCACGUGGGCGGGGUGGUUUUGGUGGAAGGAGAUCUGGUGGACCAGGUGGAGGACGUGGAAGAUUUAAUAACAGUGGAGACAGAGACAGCAGAAGCUACAACCGUGGCCAGAGGUUUGAGAAAAUGAAUAAUUCUCAGCCAAUGGAUGGACCAGAGAUUGAUACAUGGACCAAUGAAACUGCAGAGACUAACACAAAUAAAGACACAGACUGGGAUAAUUGGGCGGAUACUUGGGUGAAUGAAGAUGAUCAGUGGACAGGCAGUCUGGAAGAAACAAAAGUGUUUACUCCAUCUCAGAUGAAAGUACCUGAACCAGAACCUGUAAUUACUGAAACGUCAAGCUCAAGGGGCCAGAGGGUUGAUGUAGGAAGUUUGUUCAUAGAGUCAGCGAAAUUUUCCAAGGCACCAGACUACAGCAAGCCAACAGGAGAUGCUUACAUAAAUCAGUAUAAGCAGGCAGCUACAGAGUCCAUCAAGAACACCAUUGGCAUUGGUACCUCUUCAAGGCCUCCUCAGUCAUACAGCUCACUGUCAAUGUCCCAGCAGUCAGUUACAAGUGCUUUGGGUCUUUCAUCUCUUGCUCAAAAUUCAGAGCAGGUCCAAGUUGGAGUAUUGUCAUCUUUGCCCCAACAAGCAUCUCAGUCAUCCAUCUCACAAACCAUGACACAGUUGUCCCAAAUGGGCAUUCCCACUCAGCAGAAUCAGUUGGGCAGUAUUGGUGGACAACAGCAAACCGGUGAGCAGAAUCCACAGUCUCAGUCCAGGAUUUCCUCUGUGAUGCAACAACAGCAGCAGCAACAAGGCAUGCCUGUUCCAGGCAGCAUGACUAAUAGCCUGCAGCGACCAAAACCUCAAAAAUCAAAACUGCCACCACCAUCAAAGAUUCCAGCAUCAGCUGUUGAGAUGCCAGGUCAUAUUGCCAACAAUAAGCUGGAUCUGCAGUUUGGAAUUGAUUUUGGCACGGACUCUGGCACCUCCUUUGGAUUUGGUGUUGCUGAUGAAAGUGUGACUGAAACAAGUACAUAUUCCACCACUACAAAUGGCUCCUCAUCUGUGAUAACAAGCCACUUCACGCAAGCCCACAUGAGCAAGGCUAGCAGUGACAACAGUUCCCUGGUCUCCAACAUCAUGUCAUCCCCUUCUGCUGGCACCACCAAGGUGCCAUCUGCCAUUGAGACCCAGCAGUCGAACAGACAGCCUGCUGUGUUCCACAACUCUGUCUACACUGCAUCACCGCCAAAGAAUGAACCCCAGAAUCAUGACAGGGAACAGAACAAGAUAAGUGCUUCAGAGCCCAUUGCCUAUUCAUCACAGCUGGAUCAUAAGUCCAGUCCCAUGAUGGCACAGCAUACAGGACAGACAAACCAAAGUCUUGGCUCAGGAUCUCUGUCUCAAAAUAAAAGUGAAGCAUCCACAAAUUACUCUGCAGCAAACGGCUACGCUCCAUCUUCAUACCCAAACCACCAGAAGAGUUCAAGUAUGGCGCAGACACAGACUUACACCCACACGACCAACUCACAGGUGUCCCAAACUGCUUCUUUCCAAGGACAAUACCCAACCAACCAGUCAGUGUACCCUUCAGCGGCACAGAGCCAGUUUUCAAAUCCUCCCUCGGCAGCACAGUUCCCGUCGGGCCAGCCGUCCACUUAUAACAGUGCUCAGAACCAGUACUCUUCUGGACAGAACCAGUUUGCAUCCGUGAGCGCCUCCGGUCACCCACCAGUGCCACAUGCAAAUCACCAGUCUCAGUAUUCAUCAGGGCCUCAGAACAGUUACACCAGUGGACAGUCACAGUACUCAGGAUAUCAGAGCAGUAACUCAUUCCCCACACAUCCACCAUCUCAGACCAGCUACCCAUCAUCAAAUCAAACCAGCGGCACCAGCAGCUCUAUAUAUCCUGCAUCCACACAAGCAAACUCAUUCACAACGCAGACCUCCUACCAGUCACCGUCUGCAGGCUCGUAUCACCCACGGGACAUUCAGACGAGCUCCUCUGCCAGCUCGCAGCCUGGGACGGGGGUGACGUAUCCAACAACGCCUCAGUCCUCAAUCAAGCCUGCCACGUCUCAAACCAAUACAAAUUACAAUUCACAGCAGAGUUUUAAUACCUCGCCUGCGGCAUUGCAGCCUUCUCUCACAAACAAAUUAGGUGAUGGGUUGUCCAAGAUGACCCUUAAGGAUGACGCAUCUUUAGAUGGCCUUCAGACUUCUCAAUUUGAUCACCCAAGCACAUCAGUUACCACAGUCUCCACAUCACUGAGCCAGCCGUCAGCUACAAGCACGACUUCACUCUCUACAGGUACCACUACCAUAUCAUCGUCUACGUCUACUGCUACAUCCAUCACGUCAGCAUCACGGAUAGCAUCCAUGCCAUCGACAAGCAAAGCUCCACCAAAUUUGCCUCCUGGUGUACCUUUGAUGGGACAGUACAUUAUGGGACAGAGCACCAUGCCUCCAUUCUAUAGUGUGCAGCCACCAUUGUAUGGUUAUGAAGAUGUACAACUUCUUCAACAGAGAAUGCCACUGCAAACGGGUAGCUACUAUGACAUGAGUGCUUUCUCUGCCCCAGCUGCGACUACGUUGCCAGCUGCUCGUGACCAGCCACCGCUACCUAAUGUUCCAUUUUCAGGAACCACAGCAGAUGCAUCCAAGUUGGCAAGAGUAGACGCUCAAAGCCCCAACAGUGCCAGCCAGCCACAGAAUGCCCACUCUGCUGCUCAGCAGCCCCUGUUCCACUUCAACUAUGGCUACUACUACCCAUCAAUGUUUCCAGGAGGUGUACAGUACCCCAUGUUUCCAAUUCCUCCUGUGACAAAUGCAGCUGCCCAUGCAGGAACAACAGCCAAUACACAGUUUCAGAAAUCCUAUGCCCCUCAUAUGUACACUAAAG